CCUUGUACCACACUUACACGCACAUAAACAAUCAUAUAGUAUCAAUGGAGAAGAUAUCAAAUUUGCUAGAAGACAAGCCAGUGGUGAUAUUCAGCAAAAGUUCAUGCUGCAUGAGCCACACGAUCAAGUCGCUAAUAUCUGGAUACGGUGCGAAUCCAACGGUAUACGAACUAGAUGAGAUGUCUAAUGGACCGGAGAUCGAACGAGCACUGGUCGAGCUUGGAUGCAAACCGACCGUGCCAGCUGUCUUUAUAGGGCAACAGCUCACAGGCGGUGCAAGUCAGCUUAUGUCUCUUCAAGUCAGGAACCAGCUAGGUUCGUUACUCAGAAGAGCUGGAGCCAUAUGGAUCUAAGAGGCAGUCAUCUAAACUAAGAGCGUAAUGAUUUUACUUAUAUAUCUUUAGUAUAGAGUGUGAUUAGCGGUUGAAGUAUAAUAUAUAUAGUAAUUACAAGAAAAGUGUUUAGUUUUUCCUUUUUAUAAGAAAAAAUUACAACAGAAACAAAAUAAAAUAAAGCGAUUUGAUUCAACUUCGCUUGUGUUUUGAAUGCUAUCGCUAUUAUUAAGAAAUAAGAUCGUAUUUGCAUAAUAAAUACUUACUAUAUUUAAGUGGUAUCGGUUUAUUACUUUAUCAUAAGAUUAUUAUGCGUUGUGUUCUUGUGUAAUUUUUUUUAUAACUAGGAUGCGCAAAGGUCAUAUUAUAGUGCACCAUGCAUGUGAUUAAAUUAUACGUUUUCAAUUAUCUGUUUGAAUAAAUUUCUAAUAUAAUAUAUGUUCGCUUGCUUA